CAGACAGACAGACAGACAGACAGUAGGCAUGAAGCUGUUCUUUCUUCUGGCUCUCUUUGGAGGGGCAGCGGCAGUUGCCCUGAGGGAAGAUAACAAGAUUGUCGGAGGAUAUGAGUGCCCAAAACAUUCUGUGCCUUACCAAGUGUCUCUCUUUACUGGAUAUAACUUCUGUGGCGGCACUCUUCUGUCUGAUGAGUGGGUGCUCUCUGCUGCUCACUGCAAAUCAAAGUCAGAUGUAGAAAUUCGCCUGGGAGAGCACGACAUCUGGGAACAUGAGGGGACUGAGCAGCACAUCAUGUCCUCCAAGUUUAUUCGCCACCCUAACUAUAACUCCCGCACACAGGACAGUGACAUCAUGCUGAUCAAACUGAGUCGCCCUGCCACUCUGAACAGCUAUGUACGCCCUGCGAAGCUCCCUACAAAAUGUGCCAUUGACGGGACAAUGUGCCACAUCUCUGGAUGGGGGAGUCUUCGUCCCAGCAAUGAGGGAUCAAGGUUCCCUGCUAAGUUGCAAUGCCUGGACGCCCCACUUCUGAGCGACGACACGUGCUUUAAUGCAUAUCCUUUCCAAAUCACUGAAAACAUGAUCUGUGCUGGAUUUUUGGAGGGAGGGAAGGACUCCUGUCAGGGUGACUCUGGGGGUCCCAUGACAUGUGAUGGAGAACUUCAGGGAGUUGUGUCUUGGGGCCAUGGCUGUGCUCUGAGGAAGAAGCCCGGGGUAUACACGAAAGUUUGCAAUUACAUCUCCUGGAUCAAGGACACCAUGGCGUCUGGCUGAGCAGCUAAAAUAUCAGAGUAUUCACAUGUAAGC